GCUGUCACCGUUCCGGCCCUUUGGCAUCGAGCAGGAGAUCAACUCAUGGGAUGUAGUGGAUGCAGAGUCGGGUUCAACUUCGGAAAGGUGCUGUCCAAAGUCUCGGUGUUUUUUACCAUGGUCCUGAUCUUCACCUACUUCUUCUACUGCCUCACCGCAUUUUGCGAUUCGGCCCCGAGAACUUUGUACCGCCAGCAAGCCCUGGUCGGGGACUAUGACAUUUUAGGCGACCUGCGACCACCGCAGCGUCUCCUCCCCGACGCGCCGUCUCAACGGAACCGCACAGCCUCCGGGGACUCAGGGCAAAUGGACGCGCCCGGACAGCCUCCGCGGCACAUAUCGGAGAGCGCAAAGGAGAGCGGCCGGAGCAACGGCAUCCCCGUCUCCAACACCUUCGGGACCAAGAGGUUUCCGCAGGCGAUUAUAAUAGGCGUGAAGAAGGGAGGGACCCGCGCACUGCUGGAGUUUCUCCGCAUCCACCCGGACGUGAGAGCGGUCGGCGCGGAGCCUCACUUCUUCGACAGGUUUUAUGAUAAAGGGCUGGAGUGGUACAGGAACCUGAUGCCUCGGACGCUGGACGGCCAAAUAACCAUGGAGAAGACUCCCAGCUACUUCGUCACAAAGGAGGCUCCUAGCCGUGUCUGCACUAUGAACUGCCAAACCAAGCUCAUUGUAGUGGUUAGGGAUCCUGUGACGCGGGCUGUAUCUGACUACACCCAGACACUGUCCAAGAACCCAAGCCUUCCAUCUUUCCAGAGCCUGGCCUUGAAAAACUCCUCCACAGGUCUGAUUGACACCACGUGGAGCGCAGUGCGCAUCGGCCUCUAUGCCAAACAUCUGGAGAACUGGCUCCAGCACUUCCCCAUGUCUCAUUUUCUGUUUGUUAGCGGUGAGCGGUUGGUGUCUGAUCCAGCUGGGGAGAUGGGACGGGUUCAAGACUUCUUGGGUCUGAAAAGGGUUGUUUCAGACAAACACUUCUACUUCAACCAGACCAAAGGUUUUCCCUGCUUGAAGAAGCCUGAGGGGAGCAGCAGACCUCGUUGCCUUGGAAAGUCUAAAGGCAGACCUCACCCCCAGAUCCCCUCUGAGGUCCUACAGAGACUUAGAGACUUCUACAGGCCCUUCAACCGCCGUUUCUACCAGAUGAGCGGACAAGACUUUGGCUGGGACUAACAAAGGAGGAUAAAAGCCCAGAUAAAAAGCAGUCACUUACUUUUUGGAGAGAAUUACUGUUUAAUGCUAUACAGGGCUAACAUUCUCAGGGACAGGGUAGAGGAAUACAAAGUCCACAAACUGGGACUACUUUUGGACCAUUCUGCCUCAGUGGAAUCAACAUGACAUGGAGCACUCAUGAACUGUCACUGCUUUGUUGUAGAGCAGAAGCCGACAUUGGCACAGUUCUGCCAAUAUACAAGUUACACACAUAGUUAAUGGCUUAGUUAUUAAACCAUUAAACCAUUCUAUUGCUUGUAUGUUAAUGUACAAAAGUUAGGCGCAAACUAGGGUACCAAAGGGAAAGCAAAAAACAUUGCCUUUGAAUAUUAUUUUUGACUUGCUUUAUGUUUUGUUAAAUAAAUAAGAUGAUAUUUAUAGUUUCUGUUGAUUUGAAAUACAACAGUUACAUUUUGUAAUUAAAGAAAUGUAUUUAUUACAUGACAAGGCAAGACAUUAAAAGGGAUUACAUUUUCAUUGACAGGACAUUGGAAAAAAAUGUCAUACUCCAUGAUAAACCACUAUUUCUUUUUAAUUGUUAGCAGUGUUACUAAAAUCAACUGCAUAU